CGCGCUGUCCAGGUGUUCAGUGUGUGAUAUUGCAGAGAUCUGGAGCGUUUUGGAGCUUUAUCAGUUUAUCUGCAUGACAUGGCCUAACGUGAUAUGCCUUGUCCGCGAGCCCCGGCUGUCACUCGGACGUCUGAGACGCCGUCUUUCCGCCUCAGCUCCCCAAUUUCUCAGAGGAUGAAGCGGGAGCCCCGUUAAGAUGAAGACUCGCCCGGGGAUGAGAAUUUGAGCUGUUUACACCUCGACUGGGAAAAGCUAGCGGUUAGCCAGCUAGCUCAGACACCCGGCAGCGGCUCGGAUAUCGGAUUUGCGCCGCCAUGGCCGGGCUCAUCAAGAAGCAGAUCCUGAAGCAUCUCUCCAGGUUUGCUAAGAACUUGUCGCCGGACAAGAUCAACCUGAGCACGCUGAAGGGGGAGGGCCAGCUGACCAACCUGGAGCUGGAUGAGGAGGUGCUGCAGAGCCUGCUGGAUCUGCCCACCUGGCUCGCCAUCAACCGUGUGGAAUGCAACAAGGCCGCCAUCAGGAUACCAUGGACGAAGCUGAAGACUCACCCGAUCUCUUUGACUCUGGAUAAAGUGGUGAUGGAGAUGAGUACCUGUGAUGAGCCCCGCCCCCCGAAUGGUCCGUCUCCCAUAGCAACAGCGUCAGGACAAAGUGAAUAUGGGUUUGCUGAGAAGGUGGUAGAGGGGAUGUCGCUGUCCAUCAACUCCAUCGUCAUCAGGAUCAGUGCCAAGGCCUUUAACGCCUCCUUUGAGCUCUCCCAGCUGCAGGUCUACAGCGUCAACACCAGCUGGAGCAUCAGUGACCUGCGAUUCACCCGAAUCCAGGACCCUCAGAGGGGAGAGAUCCUGACAUUCAAGGAGAUCAGCUGGCAGAUGAUCCGUAUCGAGGCCGACGCCAUCCAGAGCGCCGAACAUGAGAUGUUGAGCGCCCCGAUUCGCCUCAUCACCAACCAGUCCAAGAUCAGAGUCACUCUCAAGAGACGGAUUAAGGACUGUAACGUGGUGGCCUCCAAGCUGAUUCUGAUCCUGGACGACCUGCUCUGGGUGCUGACUGACUCGCAGCUCAAAGCUAUGGUGCAGUAUGCCAAGUCUCUCAGCGAGGCCAUGGAGAAGUCUGCACAGCAGAGGAAGAGCAUGGCCACAGAGGACCAGGUGUCGUCAGCGCCCCCCUCAGCCCAACAGGUGCGCACCCAGCAGGCGUCCACAGCCGCUGACCAGAGCGCAAGCAUGGCCAAGCUGUUCAGCGCGUACGACGUAUGCGAGACAUCCCACCACCUCCAGAUCACACACCUGGACCUGCACAUCUGUGAUGACAUCCAUGCCAAGGACAAAGUGAUCAAUAAGAGAAUAACAGGUGGAGCCAUGCAGCUUUCCUUCAGCUCCAUUACUCUGGACUACUACCCUUUUCACAGAGCGGGUGACAGUUGCGUCCACUGGAUGCACUACAGCGAGGCCACCAAGACCAGAGAGGGCUGGGCACGCAGUCUGCACGAUGAGUUCAAGACCAACGUGGAGAUGCUGAAGAGCGCGGUCCGAGACCAGCAGGGCCCGCCCCCUGCACACAGCUCCCCACCACCCGGUAAGAUAAACACCUCCUCCAGCGCUUCCUUCAGUCCUCCUCCCCCUCAAAGCCCCAAGACGCAGCUCAUGUCCAGCUCCGUUGUUCUCAGGAUGGCUGACUUCAGCAUCUACCAGGUGUCAACAGCCGACCAGCGUCGCUCCAGCCCCAAGACCAUGAUCUCCUGCAAUAAGAAGUCUUUGUACCUCCCCCCAGAGAUGCCAGCCAUCCACGUCGAGUUCACAGAGUACUACUUCCCCGAUGGAAAAGACUACCCUAUCCCGUGUCCCAACCUGUACGCCCAGCUGAACGCCCUGCAGCUGGUUCUGGAUCCUCGCAGCCUCGUUUGGAUCAACCUUUUCGCCCUCGACCUCAGGCAGAGUCUGGAGCAGUUCAUGGAGAUCUACAAGCUCAGCGACUCGCAGAAACCUGAAGAGCAUGUGGACAUCAAGGUGGACGGUCUCAUGCUCAAGCUGGUGAUUCCUACCGAUCGGGACGCCUCCUGCGCCGCUGAUCUGCCUCGCUCCAUCUCAGUGCAGACCUCAGAAAUGGUUGCCACAAACACCCGGCACCCGGCUAACUGCACCCGCUCCCACCUUGAGGCCCUGCUGCAGGCCUUUGAAGAGGAACUCUUCUUCUCACCCAGCUUCUCCAAAUUCCCUCGUUCCUCUUCCUCACUACCCCUCCUCCAUCCCGUCUUCCACCGCCACGCUCACGAACAAGACACCAAGCUCCACGACAUCUACCGGGGCCUGGUGGUGCCGACAUUGGGCACGGACGCCCUCAAGAUGCCGGCCGCCACGGACUUUUGGGCAUUGCAUUUUGCACAGUUCUGGGUUGACUACGAAGGCACCCGCGGAGGCAAGGGGCGGCCGCAGCCCUUUGUGGACUCCUUCCCUCUCACUGUGUGGGCAAGUCAGCCCGCCAAGAUCGUCCAGCACCAGGAGAAGCUCAGAAGUAGUGCUGGAUUAGGAUUGUCCAGGAGCACAUCUGGCGAGGCCGUCACACGUCUGCAGAGGAAACGGUUAUUAAAGGAGUUUUACAGUGCCGACAGCGCACCAACAUCAGCACACAAUUCACUGCCCCCCAGUAACGGACUCCAUAAACCGCUCUCGUUGGACAGUCUGCCUUCCUCCUCUCCAUCUUUGUCAUCAUCAAGUAAAGAUGCAGAUGUGCAUGUGUUGGUGCAGGUGCAGAAACAUUUAAGCGCUCAGGUGAGCCAUCGGCAGUAUGUGUUUCUGAUGCAACUUCAGCGCAGCAUCAAAGCCCUGCAGCAGACUCUGCAGCAGGAUCUGGAGGAGAUGGGCUCCAAGAGAGACCGCAAGGAUCCCUCCCAGCGUCCCGCAGACCACCAGCCCUUCACUCUCUGCCUGGGCCUCCUGCUGAAGAGCGCAGAGGUGUCCCUGCUCCUGAAGCCUGUCCCCCAGCCUGAGGGUUCGGGAUCUCCUCUUGGGUCUGAGCUCUCCCCCUCAGAGAGCCGAGGAACUCUGGAGCCCGGGAGCGAUGCAGGAGACGGGGCGGAAAAGGGGAGUGAGGGAGCUGGAUCUGGGUCUGAAGGAGGAGCAGCCAAAGGGGCGUGCACUGUAGACCAGCUGUUAUGUGGUGACAGCUCAGAGGGCGGAGCCACGCACGGUCCUGCUCCUCUCGUACCCAGCUCCAAUCCAGCUCCGCGUCCUGACUCAAAUCACAAAGCAUUACUGGAUGAGAGGACUUCAGCUAAGAACUCUGGGAGGUCGAGUUCAGAGGAAGGGGGCGAGGCGGUGGUGGAUGGUUUUGUUGGAGGUGAAGAUGCGGGAGCUGGACUAGACUCUAAAAACCAGACGAGUGACCCGCUGUCGGAGUGGAGCGACAAAGAGAAGGCUGCAGCCGCCAAGAUGCCUCAGUCGAUAUCCAGUGGUCGUCUGAUGCGGGACCGCUCCCAGUCCAGUUUCUCAGUGUCCUAUAAGAACAUGAAGAAGAGCCCGUCCCUGCAGUCGCUGGACAACAUCUCCAUAGACAGCUACCUGAUGGAGGACGGAGACACGUACAGUCUGCUGGAGAGAGAUGAUGUGUCCAUCUCAGGCUUCAAGGACGCCAUCAGUGAACAGAGUGCCACUGAGAGCGCUACGGAGGCAGUGAUUGGUCAGGAGCAGGAGGGAGGCGUGUCCCCCGACACUGUCAGCGCCACCUCGCAGAGCAUCGAUGAUCCCACCAAAGAUAUUGUGUCGGUGCUGGUGCUGAAGGUGCAGUCGGUGUGUGUGGGCGUGGAGGCGGUUGGCGAGAGCACGGCCGUGGCUUUGGAGGUGGGCCGGGUCACACCCAGCCAGCUGGGCAAUGUCAGCCUGAGACAGUACCUUAGCAACCGCAGCCUGGGUAUGGUGUGUUCAGUACCAAUACCUGCUCAAAGCAGCCAAGGUGGUGGUGAGAUCAACUCUUCAUCUGUCGGGGGCCGCCACAGUCCAGAGGUGCGUGCUCGCCUCGAGAGCGGGCCCUGUGCCGCCGCUCAUUCCCCUCUGGCUGAGCGCAACGGAUUCUUGCAGCUGCGACUCGACGGAUACCAAGCCAGCUUCUUGAUGUCCACGCUGCGGAACCUGGCUCACUUCCUGGAGGACGACUCUGCGCCACAGGUGCUGCCCAUGGAGAUCAGCGUCAGGGACACACACAUCAAUUUAAAGGACGACGAUCCCCGCGACAAUCCCUCCGACUCUGAGCCCUCGCCGAUCAUCCUGCAUGUGGACAGUCUCGUCAUACACCGGAGAGACGACGGCUCCUUCUCUAUAGGAGUGGACACCGCAGCGGAGACCAACCCAAGGAAAGAAGGACCGUUAAAUGACAGUGCUCUGGCUCCGGUCCCUGAGGUUAUGGGUGGCGUCUGCGGUGUACAGGCUACACAGACCCAAGCCCCGCCCACCAGCCCUCCUCCAUCUAGCAGAGAAAAGAUGCUGGUGGAGGAAAAUGAAUGUUUGAAAGUGGAGCUUUCCCGAGCCAAGAUGGCGCUGGCUGAGGCUCAGAUGGAGAAGGACUCGCUACUGCACCGCAUGAAGAGCCUCAAAGUCAACACCAGCUAGACGCGGCUCUCUCUUCACACCCAGCCAGUCAGUC